AUGACAAUUGAUUUAUAUAAUGAAGAUGAAUUUACAAGUAGAGACAAUGAAUUCGAUGCAAUGUUCUUCAGUAUUGAUUCAAUAAUUGAUGAACGAUUACCAAAAACAUUAAAAACUAAUUAUCAUCAACGACAACUUACAGCCAAGAUUCUUACUAAACAAAUUAAAGAAUAUCAACAAUUCUUAAACAACAUGAAGAAAUUUCUUAACGAACAUCCUUUAGAUCAACAUCAAUUGCUAUGGUUAGAAAGUCUUAGGUAUUUAGUCCUUUUAUUGGUUUCAUUAAAAUCAUCAUUUGCUGAAAUUUAUUUACAUGUUCCAUUUCAUGAAGUAGAACCUAUCUUUGAAGAUGUAAUGAAAUUCAACACAAAAUUAUCCAGUUACGUAACUGAAAUAACCAAAUUAUUAGUUGUAUUCUUCACUAAUGAUCAAUUGUCAAAUGAUGUUUAUCAAUCACCAUUAAUUCAAACAAAAUUACAUGAAUUAAUUGAAAGUUCCUUAGAAUUAAAUAUGAUUGAUGAAGCUGAAAAUCCUCAGUUUUAUGAAAGUUCUAGAGCUAUUAUCAAUCUGGUUCAAUCAUUUUUAUUAAAUUACCUUCCUUGGUUUAUUCCCAAAAUUAAUCCAGUUCACUCGUUAUCUUUCCUUACUCAAUUUUCAAAAGUUGUCUACUCAUUAGGAGAAUCGAGGCUUAUUAUACCCUUGCUAGAAUUAAAUGUAUUCGAUCCAGAAAUUCCCAUGACAUUAAUCCAAACCCGAAGAGUUAACUUCAUUCAUAUUGUUAAUUUUUACAGAUAUACCGCAUUCAAUUUAGUCAAGUUAUCAAUCCAACAAAAUCCACCCCAAAUUGAAGAUAAAUACAACCAAUUAGCUGAUAUCUACUUCAAAAUAUUAUUAAAUUUCCCCAACCUAUCUCUCCAUAUCUAUCAAUCUGUCAGACAUGACUCCAUGAUUGAAGAACAACAACGUUCAUUCCCCCAAAUGAUCCGAGACAAACGUGAUGAUUUCCUAGUCAGUACAAUCGAAAGACAAGAACUCGCCUAUUUAUACGUCCUAAACUAUCUAUUAUCCAUCCGUUCCAUCCAACAAUACCUAAACCCCUCCCCAUUAUUCUCUGCCGAGUUAUCCUUUUUGGUAAAAUCAGUUUCUAAUAGUUUGUCAAAAGAUAUUGACGAACUAGCCUCACAACCAGGCAGUACUCAUUCAAGUGUGAUCAGUUUUCCACAAUUGAAUAAAUUGGAACAUGAAAGAGGUGUGGAUUACAUGCAACAGAAAAUCAUCCAUCAUGAAAAAUUCCAAUCUUUAGGAUCUGUGAUCUUACAUGGAUCAUAUAAGGAGAAAUUAAAACUUGUGGUUAAGUUUUGUGAAUUGCUCAACAAAGAGGCGACUAUUGCGUCUGUGAAUAUGCAUUAUAAGAGUGAGAUUAUGGGUUUGAGAGAAUCGAAUACUGGUGUGAGCUUAUUGAAGGAGACUGUGGGGAAGAUUAUUUCCGUAUUGGUGUUGGUGUCGUUGAGACUGAUUUGUGGGAUUGUUGACUCGAUCCCGGUUGAGAAUGUGCAGGCGUUAUUUGGGGUGGAUGAUAUUAGACUGGUGUUUGAAGUGAAGAAACAACUUGUGGAAUUUGAGAUUGAGAAUUUUGGUGUUGAGGGUGAAGGAAAAGAUGUAUUAAAAUUGAGAGCGUGGAAGGGUGAGAAGGAUAUGGCUGCUAUUUUGAAAGAUCAGGUUGAUGCUAUUAGACUUAUCGAGAAUAUGAAGGAUUGUUUGUAG